AUGGCCUCGUUACAGCUCCUACAUUCCACCCCACCUCCCAUCUCCAAGACCACCUACUCCCCCUCCCGUCUAGACCUGUGCUCAACAAUGGCCGAAAUCAAGCAACACCAUGCCCAAAUCAUCAAGUUAGGUCUCUCCUCAGACAACGACACCAUAGGCCGUGUCAUCAAAUUUUGUGCCAUUUCUGAAACCAAGGACUUGAACUAUGCUCUCAAAGUUUUCCAUACAUUGCCUAGCCCAGAUCCUUUCAUAUAUAACACCAUUAUCAGAGGCUAUUUGCAAUCAAAUUUGCCCAGAAACUGCAUUACUUUUUAUACAAAAAUGUUGGAAGAUUCAGUUAUUCCCAACAACUUCACUUUCCCUCCUCUUAUAAGAGCUUGUUGCGUAGAUAAUGCUAUUCAAGAAGGCAAACAAGUUCACUCCCAUGUCAUUAAAUAUGGGUUUUUAUCAGAUGGUUUUGCGCAAAAUAAUUUGAUUCAUAUGUAUGUGAAUUUCAACAACUUGGAGGAUGCGAGAAGGGUGUUUGAUAAAUUGGUCUAUAAGGAUGAUGUUUCUUGGACUACAUUGAUCGAUGGAUAUGCUCAACUGGGCUGUCUUGAUGAGGCUUACAAAGUUUUCGAGUCCAUGCCAGUUGAUAAAAGAAAAAAUUCUGCAGUUUCUUGGAAUGCCAUGAUUGCAGCUUAUGUUCAGAGCAGUAGAUUUCACGAGGCAUUUGAAUUGUUUGAGAAGAUGAGACUAGAGAAUGUGAAGAUGGACAAGUUUGUCGCUGCAAGUAUGUUGUCAGCUUGUAUUGGACUGGGCGCUUUAGAGCAAGGAAAAUGGAUACAUAGGUACAUAAAAGAGAGUGGGAUUGAAGUUGACUCAAAAUUGCAGACGACAGUUAUUGAUAUGUAUUGCAAAUGUGGAUGCUUGGAUGAGGCUUUUGAGGUGUUCAAAAGGUUGGAAAGUAAAGGGAUUUCUUCAUGGAAUUGUAUGAUUGGAGGACUGGCAAUAAAUGGUAAAGGUGUGGCAGCGAUUGAGCUUUUGAAGGAGAUGGAGAGGGAGAAGAAUUUAGCUCCUGAUUAUAUCACAUUUGUCAACUUGUUAAGUGCUUGUGCUCAUUCAGGGUUAGUUGAUGAAGGAAAGUAUUACUUUAGAUAUAUGACAGAAGUUUAUGGCAUUGAACCGGGAAUGGAACAUUACGGAUGCAUGGUUGAUUUGUUAGGAAGAGCGGGAUUGCUGGAGGAAGCAAGAAAGGUUAUAGAUGAGAUGCCAAUGAGACCUGAUGUCGGUGUACUAGGGGCUCUUCUGGGGGCUUGCAAAAUCCAUGGGAACAUUGAGCUAGGAGAGGAAAUUGGGAAGCAAGUAAUAGAACUAGAGCCUAGCAAUAGCGGGCGCUACGUGCUGCUAGCUAACCUAUAUGCCAAUGCAGGCAGAUGGGAAGAUGUUGCUUAUGUGAGAAAGUUGAUGAACGACAGGGGAGUGAAAAAGGCUCCAGGCUGCUCUGCGAUUGAAUUGGAAGGCGCUGUCAACGAGUUUAUUGCAGGAGGAAGGACUCAUCCUGAAGCUAAAGAAAUAUAUGCCAAGGUUAAUGAAAUAUUGGAUCGCUUAAGAUCUGUAGGAUAUGUGCCCGUUACUGACGGAGUAUUGCACGACAUCAGCGAGGAAGAAAGGGAGAAUCCCCUGUACUACCAUAGCGAGAAACUGGCUAUUGCUUUUGGUUUGUUAAGGGCCAAACCAGGGGAAACUCUUCGUAUCACAAAGAAUCUAAGAGUUUGUAAAGACUGUCACCAGGUUAGUAAGUUAAUCUCAAAAGUUUAUGACCGAGAAAUAGUUGUUAGGGAUAGAAAUCGUUUCCAUCAGUUUAAAGGAGGAGAGUGUUCGUGCAAUGAUUACUGGUAGCAGACUGGGAGAUUGAGCAACACCAAUAACACAUUUAUACACGUCGACCAUUGAGUUUUCCAU